AUGAAAAUCCUACUCAUUCUGCUGAAUCUUGUACUUAUACAAGGCUAUAAACGUAAUUUUCAUAUUAAUUUGACACUAGAAGAUGAUAACGGAGCUAUACAAAUUAAUGACAUUAAACUGUCAGAUGAUAAAAAUCAGCACGAAAAUCCACAACCAAAUAAAAUAAAUAACGCACAGGGUGGAUAUAAUGAUAAUAAUCAGAGGCAGAGUAAUGAAGUGCAUCCGAGAUAUAAUACGAGGAAUCAGAAUCAAUAUCAACAAAGAACUCCAGUGAGUCCACAACCGACACCACCUGCAACCAAUAACAGGAGUCCUCAAAUGUACAAUAAUAGAAAUGCAAGACCGUGUAUAAUGAAUAAUAUAAACUGUGCACUGUCUGGAGCUAAUGGAGAGAAGUUGGAACACUGUUUAUCAUGUGCAAACGCUAUAUAUUCAGGGUCCAACUGCAACAAAUAUGAGCCUUUAUCACUGUUAUCAUUGUUUUCAAAGACUACUUAUGGAAAAAAUAGUGCUGGAAAUUCACUGCUAGAACUAGAGGCUGAAGCAACUGACUUGAAUCUGGAAGGCUUGAGACCAUUAAACAUUAAGCCUAAAGUAUCAGUGCACGAUUUGUUAUAUUCAUAUGAUAAGGUGAGAGCAUUUUUAUAG